UGUCGACAAGAUUUGGAUUAAGACCAAUGAACUGGGUGGUAAAUAAUCUCCAGGAGUAUGUUUAUAGGGCGAACGUGGACUCCUUGUUCACAUGAGACUUUUUCCACGACUCUUAAGGCUGAAGAUAAUGUUUGUCGGGAGACACUUAGUGUUUUGCAAGUGCACAGCCCUUCUCUCGCUGAGAAUUUUGCUUCUUGUGCCUGCAGGCUUGCCUGUCCAGACUCAAGGCGAUUCUCAAUCCGAUAAAAAUAUCAUGGACAAUAUUACCGUCAGACAAGGAGAGACAGUCUUUCUUAGGUGUACACAGGGGGAAAUUGUCACACAUACAGCUUGGCUAAAUCGGUCAAGUAUACUAUAUGCCGGGGAUGAAAAAUGGUCUGUGGAUCCAAGGGUGAGUCUGGUGACACUUAAUCAAGAGGAGUUUACCAUCAAGAUUGAAAAUGUAGAGAUGACAGAUGAGGGGCAGUAUGUCUGUGCUGUCCAGACCAGCAGGCGACCUACAACCAAUGUAGUCCACGUCCAUGUUCAAGUACCACCAAAAAUCAUCAAUCUGUCAAGAGACAUUGUGGUUAAUGAAGGUGCCAAUGUCACCGUGCUGUGCCAAGCCAAUGGUAAACCAGAGCCUUCUGUUAGCUGGAAACUCAUCUCAUCUUCAGGGGACCUUGCAACAGAUGAUGAGUACCUGGAAAUCCCUUCUAUCACCAGACACAGAGCAGGAACGUACGAAUGCACAGCUGUCAACGACAUCGACACAGAUACCCAAACUAUAGACAUCACCGUCAACUAUGCUCCAACUGUGUCUGACGGAAGAGAUAUUGGUGUUACACUGGGACAAAGAGGAGUGCUGGAGUGUGAGGCUGAUGCAGUGCCUGAGGCAGACUUUGAGUGGUAUAAAGAUGACCGAAGAUUUAUCAAUGGCUUUGACGGCAUGGAGAUUGUGAAUACUGGAUCACUGUCGAAGCUGACAUUUUUCAAUGUGUCUGACGGUCACUAUGGUAACUACACCUGUGUUGCCAUCAACAAACUUGGGAGCUCUAAUACAAGCUUUGUUAUGUAUGGACCGAGAGCAGUACAGGAUGGCAGUGGAUCCACACUGGGCGUGCAAUUAGACAUCUGCCUCCUCUUCAUAGUGUUUCUGCCCUUUCUGCUCAAAUUUUGAAAAAGGAAUGGAUUUUACCAAGAUUUGUGUGUAUGUAUGUUUAAUUAUUAUUAUUAUUAUUAUUAUUAUUAAUUCUUAAAUCUGCAAACAUAUGGGUCAUUUUCAUAUGAAUUGAUCAAUAACAGUAAAGACAAUUUCUUUUUGAAAAUUAAUUGUACUGAUAUGAGUAUUUGAAUAAUGCGCAGACAUCAAAAGGUCUUGUCUCUCAGAAAAACUAAUUAUGGUAAAUCAAUAUUUUUCCAACUUUUAAUGCCAAAAUGCCUUUACUGUUAGGUGUCCGAAAUGAAGUUUCAUGAUUUUCAACAUGUUUUCCGAAUGAAGAUGUUCAUUACAUUUUUGGAAAUAUAGGAUUUUUCUCCCAUUGCUGAAUAUGCCUUUUCCAUGAAAACUAACACAAGUGUAUCUUAGUGACUUCAGAGUUUCUGAUUUGGUUCUUUUAUAAACGGUCCUUCUUUGUCACUCAAGCUGUCUUUACUGUUAAUGCCAGUGGAAAGAGCCUCAUUAUGUUGUUGCAAUACACCAAAGGGAUCUGUGAGCUGAAGUGCCAGAAUGAGGCAGCCAUUUUGCAUUCACACAAUAGCAGACAGCAAAAUAAAAGGUGUUAUUUCUGAGAUGUGAAUGUAUAAAAUAAACGUAUGAAUUUGUGAAAGGGUCAGAGCUAUUGCCAGUCUUUACCGUAAUUACGACAAGACUGUAAUGAGUUUAAUGAGUAGUUAGGAUAAUUUAUUUUUUUUUCCAAGUUUGAAGGGCAACAUGUAAAUUGCAACUCACAUGAUUUUUUUUUGAAGAUGUUUAUGUCUUUACCGUUAUGCACUUUUGUCUUUUGAAAAUGGGACUUAAAGCAUGAAAAGAACAAGGCAAUAUAAAACAUUUUUACAAAAUUAGAUAUGUCUUUACCAUUAUUGAUCAAAUUAUAUGGUAAUGACUCAUAUACUGAUGCACAGCAGCCCACAAAGUUGCUCUGUUAUGAUGUUUUCCCAUAUAAUACAUGUCAUAUAAUUUUGUGUAGCUUGUUUUUCUUUUGAUAUUAUUUAUUUUAAAAAUGUUUUGCAUUUAACUGUAUUUUCUCACAACCAUCCAUCCAUCCGUUUUCUACCGCUUAUCCGAGGUCGGGUCGCGGGGGCAGUAGCUGUAGCAGGGACGCCCAGCCACUUCAUCCAGCUCUUCUGGGGGGAUCCCGAGGCGUUCCCAGGCUAGCCGAAGGAUGUAGUCUCUCCAGUGUGUCCUGGGUCGUCCCCGGGGUCUCCUCCCGGUGGGACGUGCCCGGAACACCUCACCAAGGAGACUCCCGGGGGGCAUCCAAAUCAGAUGCCCCAGCCACCUCAUCUGGCUCCUCUCGAUGUGGAGGAGCAGCGGCUCUACUCCAAGAUCCUCCCGGAUCACCGAGCUUCUCACCCUAUCUCUAAGGGAGAGCCCGGACACCCUGCGGAGGAAACUCAUUUCGGCUGCUUAUAUCCGGGAUCUUGUUCUUUCGGUCACGACCCACAGCUCGUCAGCAUAGGUGAGGGUAGGGUCAUAGAUCGACCGGUAAAUCGAGAGCUUCGCCUUUCGGCUUAGCUCCUUCUUCACCACAACGGAUCGAUACAAAGUCCGCAUCACUGCAGACGCUGCACUGAUCCGCCUGUCGAUCUCCCAUUCCAUUCGUCCCUCACUCACACGCACAACAAGACCCCAAGAUACUUGAACUCCUCCACUUGGGGUAGGAUCUCAUCCCAACCUGGAGAGGGCACGCCACCCUUUUCCGACUGAGGACCAUGGUCUCAGAUUUGGAGGUGCUGAUUCUCAUCCCAGCCGCUUCACACUCGGCUGUGAACCGCUCCAGUGACAGUUGGAGGUCACGGCUUGAUGAAGCCAACAGAACCACAUCAUCUGUAAAAAGCAGAGAUGCAAUACUGAGGCCACCAAACCGGAACCCCUCUACGCCUCGGCUGUGCCUAGAAAUUCUGUCCAUAAAAGUUAUGAACAGAAUCGGUGACAAAGGGCAGCCUUGGCGUAGUCCAACCUUCACUGGAAACGAGUCCGACUUAGUGCCGGAUAUGCGGACCAAACUCUGACUCCGUUCGUACAGGGACUGAACAGUGGUUUUAACCACCUCGGUGUCCUCCACCCCAGAGAUAGGAGAGCCUGCCUCAGAGACCCCAGACUCUGCUCCCUCAUGGGAAGGCAUGUCGGGAAAAUUAAGGAGGUCUUUGAAGUAUUCUCCCCACCGGCUCACGUCCCGUGUCAAGGUCAGCAGCGCCCCAACCCCACUAUACACAGUGUUGAUGGUGCACUGCUUCCCCCUCCUGAGACGCCGGAUGGUGGACCAGAACUUCCUCGAAGCCGUCCGGAAGUCUUUCUCCAUGGCCUCACCGAACUCCUCCCAUGAGUUUUAGCUUCAGCGACCACCAAAGCUGCAUUCCGCUUGGCUCACAACCCUUCAGAAGAAAUGUUAUAAAAUACUGUCUGAUAUUCACAUUGACUGUGAAUUAAAUUUAACUACAUUUAUUAUUCAUAUCGGCGGCAUGGUGGACGACUGGUUAGAGCAUCUGCCUCACAGUUCUGAGGUCCGGGGUUCAAUCCCCGGCCCCGCCUAGUGUGGAGUUUGCAUCUUCUCCCCGUGCCUGUGUGGGUUUUCUCUGGGCACUCCGGUUUCUUCCCACAUCCCAAAAACAUGCAUGAUAGGUUGAUUGAAGACUCGAAAUUGCCCGUAGGUGUGAAUGUGAGUGCGAAUGGUUGUUUGUUUCUAUGUACCCUGCGAUUAGCUGGCAACCAGUUCAGGGUGUACCCCGCCUCCUGCCCGAUGAUAGCUGGGAUUGGCCCCAGCACACCUGCGACCCUUGUGAGGAUAAGCGGCUCAGAAAAUGGAUGGUUGGAUAUUAUUCAUAUCAAAUCCGGGAAGAGUAAUAUUUAAAGUAAGUGUUCAAAGUGAAUCUUAAAUACCUCAAGGUCAACGAGAGACGAGAGAUAAGUGGAAUGUCUUUAAGGUAGCCUGCAGCUGAAAGUUUGAUGAUAAUUUUUUAAAAGUAAAAUAAUUAUCGUUCUGUGUCGUUAUGGAAACAUUUUUGUGAUAUUUGCUAUGCUCAUGUUUUCAUUGUAUUUAUUUUUUUAAAUCAGGUUAAGUCUAAAAUAUGUUUGAGAGGGAAAUUGUAAUUAUUUCGGCAAAUAUCCGGGUUUUUGUCUCAUCUUUGUUGUUUCUUUUGUUUUUGCUAACAAGGACACUUACUGUAUCAAUAAAAAUGGUGUCAAAUGUAAUUAUACUUGAUAAUGAUGUAGUUAAAAAGAGAAGGAGACUGCUUUUUUAAUCCUCAUGGCUUUACAAUGUAACUCAUUAAAAUUUGCUGAUUGUUUGAACAUACUGUACAUACACAUGGCUAUUUUGGGAUUGAAUCGCAAAUCACCCAAAGAAUUUACAGUUUAUAAGACAUUCAUCUCUACCGACAUAUAAUUGUCCUUUUCAUUAAACAUGCCAUUUGUCAACAUGCUGUCUUCGGUAUUUAUAUGGCUAUAUUUGAAAUGGAAAAAGAAAUUCACCUUAACACAAAUAUUUACAUUAUAAUUUGUAUCCUGUAUUGGAAAGAAAGUUGAUAUGAACAGUAUUCAAGUUAUUUUAAUUAUUAGAGAGUGACUGGAUAUCUGAACCACUCAUCAAAUCUGACUUGUGUCAUCCUCAAAAUAGGAUGGAAAUAUAUUACCAAUGGCAUUUUGAGCAGCGCUAUAGUCUUAUAUUUUGAAUGGGGUGGAUUUUUUUUUUCUGCAAAAAUUCAAAGCUCGUUUACAAUACUACAGCAACAAAUUAAAGCAACUCAGUGUUGUUUAAUGUUUUGUUGCCAAACAUUGCAGACCAACAAUAUUGUACUUCUGCAGGUGCAAGAAAAUAAACUGUGUGGAGUGGCCCAGUCAGAGACCUGACCUCAAACUGAUUUAGAUGCUGUAUUGAAUGGUGAGCGGUCCAGGGUGUGUCCCACUUCUCACCAAAAGUUAGCUGGUACAGGCUCGAGUUACAAGAUGGAUGGAUGAAUGGAAAUACAGGGUUUUUGUCAGAUAGUGAACGUUGUAAUAUCAUUGUCAUUUGUAAACAAAUUAGUACUCAAAGAAUAAAAUGUGUUGCUUUUUGAGGAUGGCGUAGGUAUUCCUUUUCAGAACUGAAAUGUGGUUUAAAGAUGAGACCAAAGGGGGUUGUUGUGUAGGAUUAUGCAAAAAUUGAAGCGAUACAAUGUCAUCACCUUAAAGCAUGCAUCUUGUGCCCUGUGAGUUUGGUCUUUCAUCUCUAUCCUUUCUUUUUACAGCGACAAGGAAGCAUAUUUACAUGGGUUAUGUGGGUUGGUAUGAUAUAUGCUGUGUCUUGUAUUUAUAAUAAUAUUAUCCUAAAUUCCUUUUGGUCUUUGGCAUUUCAGCUCCAAAAGAGCAUUUGCCUUGCAUUCAUACAAUUUCUUAAAUAAAUUUUUAAUGAAAAGGAUAGCUGGAUAAAUGAUGUAUUCAAUGAGAGGGGCCAUAGGGGUCGGGUGGAGUGUGAGCUGGGCGGUGGCCGAAGGCAGGGACCUUGGCGAUCCGAUCCCUACAGAAGCUGGCACAAGGGAUGUGGAAUGUCACCUCUCUUGCAGGGAAGGAGCACGAGCUGGUGUGCGAGGUCGAGAAGUUCCGACUUGAUAUAGUCGUGCUCGCCUCCACACACAGCUUGGGCUCUGGUACCAGUCCUCUUGAGAGGGGUUGGACUCUCUUCCACUCUGGAGUUGCCCACUGUGAGAGGCGCCAAGCAGGUGUGGGUAUACUUAUUACCCCCUGGCUUGGCGCCUGUACAUUGGGGUUCACCCCGGUGGACGAGAGGUUAGCCUCCCUCCGCCUUCGGGUGGGGGGACGGGUCCUGGCUGUUGUUUGUGCCUAUGCACUCCUUUUUGGAGUCCUGAGAGGGGGUGCUGGAGAGCACUCCCGCUGGGCACUCCAUCGUUCUGCUGGGGGACUUCAGUGCUCACGUGGGCAAUGACAGUGAGACCUGGAAGGGUGUAAUUGGGAGGAACGCCCCCCACCAUCCACCCCCACCCCCCGAUUAGAACCUGACAUAGAGUACGAGUGGACCAUGUUCCGCGCCUCCAUUGCUGAGGCGACCGACCAGAGCUGUGGCUGUAAGGUGGUCGGUGCCUGUCGUGGCGGAAAUCCCCAAACACGUUGGUGGACACCAACCGUGAGGGAUGCCGUCAAACUGAAGAAGGAGUCCUAUCGGCUUUUUUGGCCUGUGGGGCUCCUGAGGCAGCUAAUGGGUACCGGCUGGCCAAGCGGAAUGCAGCUUCGGUGGUUGCUGAAGCAAAAACCCGGGCAUGGGAGGAGUUCGGUGAGGCCAUGGAAAAAGACUUCCGGGUGGCUUCGGGAAAUUCUGGUCCAGCAUCCGGCAUCUCAGGAGGUGGAAGCAGUGCCCCAUCAACAGUGUGUAUAGUAGGGAUGGGGCGCUGCUGACCUCGACUCGGUACGGUCAGUGGGGAGAAUACUUUGAAGACCUCCUCAAUGCCACCGACACGCCUUCCCAUGAGGAAGCAGAGUCCGGGGUCUCUGA